AUGAAGCUGAGCGAAAUCCUAAACAACACCACAGGCAGUGACCAGAUGCCCGAGGAAGAUCCAGAGAGUGCUCUGGGCACCCGCGAACUGAUUCGAGACCAGGCCAUCCCCAAGAGGACAGACGGAGAGGCAACCAUGACUGGGAUCGGCGAAGAAACAAACAGCUCGGUCAAGAACUUUGCUUCUUCAACGGCUCCGAGUGUUCCUCAGCCCACAGCAAAGGCGCCCACUGGACUCAGUCAGCAUCCGCCGUCCUUGCCUUCGUCCUUAUCGACUGCGCAAUUGUUAUCAGCGAUGGAACGUCCAGGCAACUACAGUGAAGACACUCCAAUGCAGGCUCCAAAACCGACACUGCCAGCCCUGUUGCCACCAGUACCUCAGCAGAAUGCCCGCAUUCGUCUCAGGCCAGAUGUAGAUACCUCGUCGCGCGUGCAUAACCCCAUCAAACGCGCUCGUAGAAACACGGCAGAUCGCUCAGCACACUCAGACUACGACGAGGGCGAUGACUCACCUCCUCAAGGUUCACAGAGUGACCAUGCACAAUGGGCGCAGCAUGCGCCCCCGAUGGCACCCCGCAAGCAGCCGCUCACGAGCGAGCCGACCCUCCUAAUCGAAUCGGGCGAAUCACACGAGCCGCACUGGAAGCAAAAGAUUCAACGAGCGGUCUCUCGCUCCAACUCAAUCUACCCCGAACCGACCCAGGCAAGUAUCUCUUCCGCCGGCUCGUCUGCAUGGCAUUCUCACCUUUACAGGCUCAAGUUCCGCAAGUUGCUACUGUAUUGCAGGAUGAAACGAUGGCGACUCCCUAAAUUCGGAGUUCUCCCGCCUCCCCCUCCAGCGCUUCGCCGAUCCUCAGCGCCCAAACCAUUGCCCACAGCAUCCAUGGUCCCACCCCCUGCGCCAGCCCUCUUUCGUCGACGUACCGCGAGCGCAACACCUACACCAACUAGUGCAACUUCGUUUGCCUCUUCACCACUAGCCUCUAGUGGUAGCCUUCCAAAUGUGGGCAUCCAAUCUGCUACAGACUUGCUCUCGCAGCCACAAGUCAAAGUUGCACUUCAGAGACACAAGGAACUAUCCAUGAGAGCGGUGCAGGAGCAAAUUGGUGGAACAUGGGCACCACGGGGAGAGUUGAAAGUCAUGUUUGGGGAUGGCGCACCAGCAAACCUGCUUAGGAGAUAUUCGGCCAAGGAGAUCCUCGAUUCAGCGUCCUGGGGAGAUGCCGGCAACGGCCAGCGACUGUGGUUCCAGGUUCGGCCAGAGAUGAAAGGCGCGCAAGAGGUGACAACUACAAUGUCGCUCAGGAAGACGAAGAGCGAACGAAUCGACGAGGGUUGGGUCGAGGUUGAUGAAGUUCAGCAAAAGAUGGAUGAGGAUGAAGCGGAUGGAGAGAUGGUCUCCGUCUCUAACCGCUCCAUUCAUCAUUCCAGUGGAGAACGCCUAAUCUCAGCGUCCAAAGAGUUGAUGGUCAAACAGCUUUUCCCGAAAUACGAACCGAGUAUUCAAGGGUUGCCACAAGGCCACAUCUAUUUGCGACAUGAUCACGACCGCUUUGAGUAUCGUCCACACGGGUGGGGCGAGCGACCUGAUCAUGACACGACGGGAGGUCCACCUCCUCCAACCUCUUCUCCGACGAAAACAGAGGCCCAAUACCUCGCGCUCAUUCGCACUCCCGGCGGCGGAACUCCCGGCCCACGAUACAUCCCGCCUGCGAACCGAAGGCUUCUUCAAUGGUCACUGGCUCAAGCACGCUGGAUCUUUGUCCUCAAUGAGCUUCCCACCAAGGAGCGCCCGAAGCGUGACGAAGGAUAUCCAACACCUGAUCGUACAAACAGUUUUCUGCAACAAGGGGAAAUCGUGCGUAGACUGGACGUAACGCCGAACAGCGAGGGUGAAUGGGAAUGGGUGCUCCCGAUUCGAUCCAAGCUGUGGGUAAGCCCCAUGGAUAAGAUUGUAAAGAAACACGGCGAUCUGGCGGCGCCGAUAUGGGACCUGGGAGGACGGAUGCUCUGGGAUGCGCGCGUUGGUCAGUGGCGUUUUGACGUGUGCCCACCCACAAAAGAAGUCCGAGAAGUUGUAUCGGAUCUCAACGGCGUGAGCAGCGAAGUCGUCUAUGAUGUCUGCGACGGCGGGCGGCCGCGGAUCUCAUGGGACCACUUUAUAGCUGCACGAGAGUACCUCUUGGUACUUCAACGCAAGAUUGUCAAACUGAAAGGCCGGGCGCGAGAACGCAAAGGUGUACGUACUGUCUCGAACGAUGCGAUUUCUGCUCCCUUCAACUCCAACAACCAUCACCAACAGAGCAGCAAUACGUUGCUCGUCCCUGAUCCGAUCAAAAUCAAAAAAGAGGAAGAUAUCGAGUCGGCUUACUCCGACUCUGGGAUCGAACCCGAACCAAGUGUCCUUUCGUCAUCCGUGGCAAGUAUCAGUGACGACCACCAAUCUGUUUCGUCCAGAAGCGGCGGCAACGGCGACGAUGGACUCUCGCAGCACCGCCAGCAAUGCGCGAGCCUUCUCCUCAACAUGAUGCUCUCAGUCGCAAAAGCACCACCAUCAUCCCAGGUCGCCGCAACUGGCUCUUCCUCGUCUACAGGUAUCACAAUCCAGGUAAAGAAUGUAGAGGAAGCGAUGCAAGAGGCCGUCCAGGACAAUGCGAUGAGUUUGGACCUCGGAUUACAUGGUAGCGGAAGCGCGAGUAGUAUAUCAAGGUCAAAGCUGACGAUCAAUCCCGCACUACGCAAGAAUAAUGGGUUUGGGGAGAUUGGAUCGAUCUCGCCUUCAAUCUCGCCAACUGCGAGCCACGCGAGCACGCAUAGGAGUAUGUCAGUCGAAGACGACCCAGACUCUCCUUCAAAUGCUUGA